CCACCUCCCACUCCCAUGUCUCACACCACAACGGCCUACAUCGUAGCCGCCGUGGCCGUCCUCCUAACGCUGACAAUGGCAUUCGGCAGAAAGAACAAGUUUGACGUGGCUGGGAAGUUCGUGUACAUCCCCGGCGGCUCCGCAGGCCUCGGCGCGUCCCUCGCCGAGGCGCUCCUCAAGCGCGGCGCGCACGUCGCCAUCGUCGCGCGCGACGCCAAGCGCGCCGAAGCGACCGUGUCGCACCUCAAGACGUUCGCGUCCGACUCGCAAAAGGUGUUCUACGUCCAGGCGGACCUCACCUCGCGUACGGAAUCCGACGCGGCCCUCGAAGCCGCGAGCAAGACGUUCGGCGCGAGCCCCGACUACGUCUUCCUCUGCGCGGGCUUCUCCAAGCCGCAGUACUUUGUCGAGGCGAGCCCCGAGGACCUGCAGAGCGGACUGGACGGCGUGUACUGGGUGUCGGCUUGGACCGCGCAUGCCGUCGUCAAGCGCUGGGUCAAGGAGGGCAAGAAGGGCACGCUCACCUUUGUGUCCUCGUUCCUCGGGUACACCUCGUUUGCGGGCUACUCGCCGUACUCACCGGGCAAGUACGCUCUGCGUGGCCUUGCCGACUCGCUGCGCUCCGAGCUCCAGCUGCACGACAUCACCGUGCACCUGUACAUGCCUGCGGGCAUCCUGUCGCCAGGUUACGAGAACGAGCAGAAGACCAAGCCGGGGAUCACGAAGCAGAUCGAGGAGGGCGACACGCCCAUCGCGCCCGAGGCUGCUGCUGCGCUGUUGAUCAAGGGGCUCGAGCGGGGAAACUACCAGAUCACAAACGACCUGGUCACGGACCUCGUGCGCGUCGCUAGCAAGGGGCCUGUGCCGGGUAAUGGGCUGUUGGACCUCGUGUACGGGUUCAUUGGAUUUAUCGGCCUGCCCAUCUGGCGCGCCGACGUCGACUCCAAGAUCCGCAAGGCCGCCCCGGCCGUCACGGCAGAGCUCAAGGCCAAGGGCGUGUUGUAGAGCGCAUGACAUUGGUACCAUUGCGCCGCUGCGGAAUGCGGCUGGGCUUAGCUUGGCCAAGCAAGCAUGCGCAAGCACUGAUGACUCCGCACGGUGGCCAUGGCCAAGACUUUGUGGCGUGCUCGCGAUAGGAGACCGGCACGCUGACCAUUCACCGCGCUGUCAGCUAUCACUGGUAUCAUUGGAAAUGGCGAUAACUAAGCGGUGCUUGUCUCCCGGCUUCGUUGCGAGCAAUGUCUUGGACACCGAGGGGGCCGUUGGAAAUCGCAUGGACACCGACCAUUGUCAGCGUGAUACCCAACGCUCGGCUCGCCCGUGUCCUCCUUGUCCUCACUACUCCC